UUCAUUUUCCCCCCCUCUUUUCAUUUUCUACUAUACGUAUGGAGCUCUCUCACCCAUAGCUAUCCACUAUUCUCCAUUUAUAUAUAUAAUAUACACCUCAACACCCUCCCCCAAUUUCUACUCAUCUCUCAUCAAAUCAAUCUUCACGCACAGCAGCAUGAAUUUCUAAAUUUUUUCAUUCCUCUGUUUCUCUUAAUUAAUUUGUAAACAACUCAUACAUGUACAACACUGUUCAUACAACAGUAAAAUUUUGUUGCUCUUUUUUUUUGGAUUUUCUCGAAUUAAUCAAUAUUUGGAUUAAUGAUGACGGAGAAAAAUGCGUGUGAUCGAAAGGGUAACGAGAACGGAGAGUUGAAGAAGAAGCGGAAGCGAAGGAAAGUAGGAGUCUCAAGGAUUCAGAAACUCUAUGGAACUUGCAAACAGGUUUUCGCUAAUUGCAGACCUGGCGUUGUGCCGUCACCGGAAAAUGUUCAACGUGUCAAGGCAGUUUUGGAUAACAUGACGGAAGCAGAUGUUGGCUUGAGGCCAAAUAUGCCAUGUUUCAAGUCAACAGUAUCAGAUAAACCUCCUAAAAUAACAUACCUGCAUAUCCAUGAAUGUGAUGAAUUCUCGAUUGGUAUCUUUUGCUUACCACCAAAAGCAGUCAUUCCUCUACAUAACCAUCCUGGAAUGACAGUUUUCAGUAAGCUUCUCUUUGGGAAAAUGCACAUAAAAUCUUACGACUGGGUGGACAAUCUCCAUCCUGAAUCAACUACUCCAAAUGCCAAUAUUUCUGACAGGGAUUGUAGAGGACCGCGUCUUGCAAAAUUGAAGGUGAAUUCCAAGUUUAAAGCUCCUUGCAAGACUUCAAUCCUCUAUCCAGCUGAUGGAGGUAAUAUGCAUUGCUUCACAGCAAAGACAGCCUGCGCUGUACUAGACGUUCUCGGCCCACCUUACUGUGAUCCUGAAGGUCGCCACUGCCAAUACUAUUAUGACUUCCCCUUUGCCAACCUCUCAGUGGAUGGCUUGUCAGUACCCGAGGAACAGCAAAGUGAGUAUGCAUGGCUCAAAGAGAGGGAGAAACCUGAGGACUUAACUGUAGCUGGAGCACAGUACAGUGGACCAAAUUAAUUUAGUGUAGUAAAGUGAUGGAUCAAUUCAUUGGUCAAAGCAGAAGAGAUCUUUUUUUUUUUUAAGCUUACUUUUUACUCUUUCCAGUGAUGAAUGAAUAGUAGUCAAAAGGGAUAAAAGUUAGGAGGGGGAGGAUUUUUUUCUUUUCUUUCUUUGUGCAAAUAGCUCAUGUAGUCAAGUAGUACAUAUUCAGACAGAUGGGAACAGGUAAGGAUGAAUUAAGGAACUGAAAAUGCAUUUUUAAAAUUGUAUGUAUAAAUUAAUGUUUUCUCUUUGGU